AUGACGAUGGACCUUAUGUCAAGCGAGGCGCCUCUGAAGAUGCUGUCUAUGGGCGCCGGCGGCCUUGGAAAGGAGACAGCGUCCUUGCUAGAGGAACGGACUCCUCCCACGCCCGAGGGGCUGUGGAGGGCAUUCUUACAAGGUUCCCACCAUCAUAACCACCACCACCAGCCACCGCCCACACCACAACGAAUGGAUACGCUAGAGCGGCCGGUGACGCCAGAGUCGCCCGUGGCCAGCCUGGGCCAGCCCACGGGCGUGGGCGGCCGGGCCUCGCCCACUCACAUCACUGCCGUCUGCGACACCCUCGGUGUCGACGAAGAGUUAAUUAAAAAAGUACACAGCCCCGUUGUACAGGGUACAGGAGCGGCGUUACAGCCGACGACGCAGCAGCAACAGCAGCAGCAACAGCAACAACAGCAACAAGCCUCGCAACAGCCUCCGACGAGCCAGUCAGCAGCGGAGAUAAGGAGGUACCGCACAGCCUUCACCAGAGAACAGAUCGGUCGCCUGGAGAAGGAGUUCUAUAAGGAAAACUACGUGAGCCGACCGCGACGCUGUGAGCUGGCCCAGGAGCUGAAUCUACCAGAGUCUACCAUCAAGGUAUGGUUCCAGAAUCGUCGGAUGAAGGAUAAGCGUCAGCGUUUGGCCUUGGCAUGGCCCUAUGCGGACCCUGCAUUGGCUGCCUAUUUAUUGCAUGCUGCUGCUGCCACGGGUGCCUACCCACCAUACCUCCCGCCCUCCCUCACUACCGCCUCUCCAUGGGCAGCAGCUGCUGCAGCAGCAGCUGCCCAAGUUGGGGGAGCUCCACCUCUUGGUUACAGUGUACCUUCGCACACACCAGGACUGACCCGCUUUGCCCCAUACCCUCGCCCUCACCCAGGACUGCUUACUUCACCCUACCUCAGACCUGGAGAACUGCGCCCACACGAGAUGCCUACAGCCCUUCCUCCCUCUCCUUUAACACCGACACCAGUGUCACCACGUCCACUAGUGGGUGGUCACCUUACAACAUGUCCACUGCGGGACUCUACUAAAGUGGGAGGAGAUUCUUGCGUGUGUGGUCUACUGUACCCAACGCUCCCCCUGUCACACACACUAACCCCCAACCUCGACCCUGUAUCCAUUACCACUUCUUUACCUACCACCACCACCACCACGACCAUUAAUAACCCCAUACCAAGCACCCCUCACAAUAUCUCUGGGGGUUCUCUAGGGCGAGCGUCACCAACGCACAAGACAAACUCCACCCCUUCACUUUUUCAGCCAUAUAGGGAUGAUCCAUAAACUCCCUAGUUAUUGCAUCUGAGUUUUACCACACUCAGGUGACUUUGGUAGUGCAGGAGUGAUAUGUAAGAUGCCUAGUACAGGUGAAGCAGCCAGCAAGAGGCAAACUGGAACAACAUUUGUUCCCUAGGCAGAUCCUCACCCCCCCCAACCCCUUUUACUCAACUGUAGAUAAGAUUUUUUUCUGAUGAACAGAUGUGCAAUAUUUAUGAAUAUCACAAUGCAAAAUUACACACACAGUCCAUUCUCGGAAGGUGCUUUGAUGCCGGUGAAUGACUCUUAAUCCAAACAAAUGGAAAAAUCCUCUCUUUCCUUUGAUGGAAUCCGAUUUCCUCGCAUUCUGCUGGUCCUGCAUGACCCAUGCAGGUUUAGUACUUGCCCCAUAAAUGCAAUAAUAUGCAUUGCAAAAGCAAAUAUACAUAUGUAGUUUAAUUAGACACACACUAAACCUGUAGGAACUUUAUACCUCCUGGGAAAUGGAGGCAUUCAGAUUCAAUCUCAGGAAGUAGAGGAUAAGUUCAGUUUCUGGGAUCAAAAAUCCCCUUACUGGCAUCAAGGCAUCUUCCCUGAGGGAAUACCUCUCUGUGAGUGCUGAAGUACUGUAUAGUAACAAUAUACCUCAUAGAAAAUGAAAAUAAACUUGUUAUUGUCUGAAGUACUGCAAACAAAUUCAGCUACAGUACGGUAUAAACAAUGCUUAGUGCACGUUCAUUAUACAAUGAACAUCUAUACGUAAAUGGAAAGAACUAGCAAUACUUUGAAAAAUUAACUGUUAGUGGGAUACAUUAUAAAAUUACUUCACAAACAAGUUGCAACUGCUGUAUUCCACGAAGCCUAUCAACAAGAGGUACAAAAUGGUGUUUUCUUACCGAGUGACAAUGUAAGGAUAACUUUACUUUUUUAGGUUAAGUAAGCAGACCAUCGUUGUUGAUUAAUACUAAAUUAUAAAAAAGAUUCCAUAAUGUUACAAAUAAAAAAAAAUAUGCAGUGAAAUUGUUUUGUAGAUUAUGUAGGAGUAUGCAUUGUUGAGGACAUGUGAACGAGUUUCCUCCCAAGCAUCUCCAGAAUAGGGUAUAGACUUCAUCACCUUUUCUGCCCUUUCUUUAGCUCUUUGCCAUCCUCCUCUCACAUGUAACAAAGUGGCAUUAAGAUGUUUUGAUGCUCCUUUGAUUUGCCGUGAUAUUUUUAUUAGUUUUGCUAGGCCCAGGAGUGACCCUAUAAUGAGAAAAUUUGUGUACCUACAUGUUAAGUGAUCUGUAGCAGAAAUAUGUUAUGAAAUAAAUCCAAUGU